AUGAUGGGGCGGGCUGCUGGGCGCUGGAUUCCAGUGGUAGCGCUGCUUACGUUGCUAUCCCCGCCAGGUUGCUUCUUCGCACCUACGGGCCAGAUUCCGCGACUGUCCACCAAGGGGGGCUUCCAGCUUUCGAGGCUUGGUGUGGGCACAUGGCAGUGGGGCAAUAAGUUGCUUUGGGGGUACGACGAGAAGGACGACAGCGCCUUAAGAGAAGUGUUUCGAACCUUCACAGCUGGAGGCGCGAACUGGUUUGAUACUGGCGACAGCUAUGGCACUGGCGAGCUGGAGGGGCGAGCUGAAAUCCUUCUUGGACGCUUUAGCCGAGAGACCUUUGAAGAGACAGGCGAGUCUGUGAGACUGGCGACCAAGCUUGCAGCAUACCCCUGGAGGCUGACACCAGACUCCAUGGUGGAGGCCGUGCGCGCAAGCAACCAGCGUGUGGGCCGUACAGUGGACAUUGCUCAGAUGCAUUGGAGUCCACGUAGCUAUGGCUUUGGCUUCCAAGAGGAUGCCUUGUUGGAGGGUCUGUGCCGCUGCUACGAAGCUGGACUUUGCAGUGCUGUGGGGCUCUCGAACUUUGGGCCCAAAGGUCUCCGUCGUGCUGCGGCCAUCUUCGACACGCGCGGCGUGCCACUGGUCUUGAAUCAAGUGCAGUACUCACUCUUGUCAGCCGAGCGCGAGUCUGGUGUAGCAGAGGUUUGCAAGGAGCUCGGCGUGAGGUUGGUGGCCUACAGCCCUUUGUGUCUUGGAGUGCUCGCUGGAAAGUACAAGACCGGUCCUGAUGCACAGCUGCCAGACAACUUUCUGCGAUCGUUGCUGUUCUCCUCCCUACUUUCCGAUGAAGGCACCACAAAGUUAUUGGGCCUCCUGAAAGAGAUCGGAGACAGCCGGGGCAAAACAAUGGCUCAAGUGGCACUUAACUUUGCCAUGACGGAGGGUGGAGGCUGCAGCAUUGUUGGGGCAAGGAACCGCGCGCAAGCGCUGGAGAACCUCGGUGCCUGUGGAUGGGAGCUUUCGGAUGGUGAAGUGCGGUCGCUAGCUGAGGCGGCCCGGAAAGCUCCCAAAACGCAAAAGAACGCCUUCUUUUCGGACUAG